AUGGCAACCGCGGAAUCACCGAGCGAUGAAGAAACACGACAAAGCUUAGAGGAGCUUUUCCGACAAGGAAAACUCAAUGACAUUGGCCAGCGUCGCGUACGAAUUCGAAACCGUGGAGCCACGAUGAGUUCAGUUAAUUCUGGAGGCCUUGAUCAGCUCUUUUCCCCGCCGUCGUCAUCAUCUAGAAAUGAUGAGAGCCAACGCGAGGAGAAGCCCGCUCCUCACCUGCGGAACCUUAGCGGGGAGGCCAUCAAACGACUUGGCUCACCUUUCAAGAUCGACCCACCUAGACGAGCUGGCGAUUCGCCGGCCAGAUUUAUCAGGCAUGCACCGUCCCGUUCGGAGCCAUUUGCACGUGGACUUCUGUCUCAGGCAAGAAAGACAACUCAGGUUGGUGGACAGGGAACGUCGAAUACUCUGCCAUACGAUCCAACUGAACCUGGUCUAUCGGAUGCAGAGCGGAUCCGGAGACAGAUUUUGAACAUGUCUUACUCAAGGCAAUAA